UGAGCCUCGAGCAUCGCUUUGACCGAACGUCCCAUCCUCCUGUUUGUUUCUACAGAGCAUUGUGUCCCAUAAUGCUUGGCGAGAUUGACCACCAAGAUGGCUGACGUUAUGGAUGAAUAUGAGAAAGAAGCUGGCUGUGUUCCUAUUCUCCAUCCAGAGGAACUCAAGCCCCAGAGUCACUAUAACCAUGGCUACAGUGAGAAUGUGGGGCGCAAGAGCCACGUGGAUGACUACAGUACCUGGGACAUCGUCAAAGCCACGCAGUAUGGGAUCUUUGAGCGCUGCAGAGAACUGGUGGAGGCAGGCUAUGACGUUCAGCAGCCGGACAAAGAGAACGUCACACUCCUGCACUGGGCCGCCAUCAACAAUAGAAUAGACUUGGUCAAGUACUACAUAUCAAAGGGGGCGAUGGUGGACCAGUUGGGAGGUGACCUCAACUCCACACCACUGCAUUGGGCCACAAGACAGGGCCACCUCUCCAUGGUGGUACAGCUGCUGAAGUAUGGGUCCGACCCCUCGCUCAUCGACGGAGAGGGCUGCAGCUGUGUCCACCUGGCUGCCCAGUUCGGACACACCUCCAUCGUGGCCUACCUCAUCGCCAAGGGACAGGAUGUGGACAUGAUGGAUCAGAAUGGAAUGACUCCCUUGAUGUGGGCAGCUUACAGGACACACAGCGUGGACCCCACCCGGCUACUGCUGACCUUCAACGUGUCGGUCAACCUGGGUGACAAGUACCACAAAAACACGGCUCUGCACUGGGCCGUGCUGGCCGGCAACACCACAGUCAUCACCCUGCUGCUGGACUCCAACUCCAAUGUGGACGCACAGAACAUCAAGGGUGAGACGCCGCUGGACCUGGCCAAGCAGAGGAAAAACGUCUGGAUGGUCAACCAUUUACAGGAGGCUCGGCAGGCCAAGGGUUACGACAGUCCUGGCUACCUGAAGAAGCUGAAGAUGGACAAGGAGUUCAGACAGAAGAUCAUGUUGGGGACCCCCUUCCUGGUGAUCUGGCUGGUGGGCUUCAUCGCUGACCUGGACAUCGACUCCUGGCUCCUCAAGGGCCUCAUGUACUGUGGCGUGUGGGUCACUGUGCAGUUCCUCUCCAAGUCUUUCUUUGACCACUCCAUGCACAGCGCCCUGCCCCUGGGAAUCUACCUGGCAACCAAGUUCUGGAUGUAUGUGACCUGGUUCUACUGGUUCUGGAUUGAUCUCCCGUUUGCCACCGUCCACCUGCCUUUCCUCCUGAACAGUGUCUGUCUGUUCUACAACUUCGGCAAGUCCUGGAAAUCAGACCCCGGGAUCAUCAAAGCCUCAGAGGAGCAGAAGAAAAAGACUAUUGUUGAACUGGCGGAGACAGGAAGCCUGGAUCUCAGCAUAUUCUGCAGUACUUGUUUGAUAAGGAAGCCCAUCCGGUCCAAACACUGUGCCGUGUGCAACCGCUGUAUCGCCAAGUUCGACCACCACUGCCCUUGGGUGGGCAACUGUGUCGGAAGUGGGAAUCAUCGCUACUUCAUGGGUUACCUGUUCUUCCUGCUCUGCAUGAUCAGCUGGAUGAUCUACGGCUGUAUCUGCUACUGGAGGAUCCACUGCGCCACCAACUACACCAAGGAUGGUUUCUGGCUGUACCUGACGCAGAUCGCCUCCUGCUCUCCCUGGAUGUUCUGGAUGUUCCUCAACAGUGUGUUCCACUUCAUGUGGGUGGCUGUGCUGAUCAUGUGCCAGCUCUACCAGAUUGCUGGUCUGGGAAUCACCACAAACGAGAGGAUGAACGCCAGGAGAUACAAGCACUUUAAAGUAACGGCCACUUCCAUCGAGAGCCCCUUCAAUCAUGGGUGUGUACGGAACCUCAUAGACUUCUUUGAGAUCCGCUGCUGUGGCCUGAUCCGGCCCAAGGCGAUAGACUGGACCACACAGUACACAAUCGAGUACGACCAGACGUCCGGGUCGGGCUACCAGCUGGUGUAGACGAGAAGAGAGGAGAGGUGGAGCGACUGUGUCUAGAAGAGGAGGACGGGGUUCCCCAGGGUUCAGUAUCGGAGCCAGGCUGUUCUCUGGAGCACUCCCCUCAGACCUCCUUCCUCACCCAUUCAGACUGAGAAAACCAGCCAGGAACUAGCAUGCUGUUACAGGACACCACCAUAAGACCAACACCUACUACUAGUCUGUAUGAAACCACCUCCAUUACUGUACCCACCACCACCUCCGAGCCCCUCCUGGGGGACCUUCUCCUCUGUUCCCCCCCCGUCUCUCCUGCCCAUGGACGGUGCACCGCUGCCAGACGCGGCAGGGAGAGAGGCAGAGGGAGGAGGAGAAAAGAGAAUAUAAAAAAAACUAAAAUAAGGAAUCUUUAUUUGUUUGCUGUACUAGAGUCAUUAUGCUGCGGUGAAGGCAGUACGGUUGACGGCAGUAUCAUUUUUUCCCUUUAAAUUUCACACAUCCAUUUUUUUUAUCGUCCAUCUUGCCCUGCAGAUUUUUUUUUUUUAUUGUUGCUCAAAACUCUAUUGUUCCUUUUAGAACUGUGGUGGCUAGGGAGACUGGGGAAGGAAGGCCUUUUAAGGAAGAAAUUGGUUGUUAAGCAGGAUUUGAUAAGGGAUGGUUACUAUGGCAUGGUCAUGUACCAUUGUUCAAGUCACCCUGAGGAUUGCUUAGAAUUGCCAAAGUUGUCAGUAUGUCAUAAAAUGGCAUUUGCAAUUGUUGGGGGGGGGGGGGUCUGUUCCCAGUGGUCUCUUUCACAAGGUAUUGAAGGUGCAGAUAGGAGCGACAUCCUACUUAUAAUGUGAUGCAAGCAUAUUUAUUUUAACUCUAUUUAUAGAUCAAAUGAUGUUAUAGUAUCAUCUUAUUUUAAAUGUGUUUUUUUUAUCAAGAAAACAUCAGCUACAAAUUGUAUAUGGAUGUCUGACAUGGUGCCCUGAGACCUUCACUAGAAAAAUCGGCACACACACACUACAAGAGUAGUGUUAGUGAGAGAUCAACUAGAGUCAGGGGAAGAUGAGGCCAUUCCAUCCCAGACUGAAUGGAUGGUUCUGGGAGUUUACAAGAAAGGUUCAUUCCAAGUGUGAUUUCUUUUGUUUGUCUGCCUAUGACAAUGCACUGAUCACCUUUUUGUUUCCGGUCUCGCCGUUACUGAAGAAAUACAGGCGUACUCCCGACAAACAAUUCAAUGUUUACCGAUUGACGGAGCUCGGGCCCAAUGAGAGAAAGGUAUAUAGCCCGAGACCUGCCCCUUCUUCUGGGUUCUCAUCUGUUAUUGCUCAUUACAUUUCCCGCUAGUCGUCUCUACGCAGCAGCAGCGCAAGGACGGACUGAAAUGUCAAAUAUGUCCAUCUGUACAUAAACAAUCUUGUUUUCUUCGUGACUGAUUUUAUUUUGUCAGUUGAAGCUGCUCCUUUUUAAACGUUGAUUUCAUCCAACCAAAUGGAAAAGAGAACUCCCCGAUUAUAAUCCAACUGUAUGACUGUAGCUUUUAGUGAUGUCCGACACUGCUGUCUAAAGGCAUUUUAACCCUGCAAACUACACUGCAUGUGUGAUGCUUGGACAUUGGGCUGUCGCCAUACUGUUGACCCCCCCCAUCCAAGCUGCCCAGUGAUAGCCAUGUGUCUGUAUAUAGUGAAUGUUCAGUAUUUACAAGUACUUUCUUCGGUAUGUUCGCUUUUGUUUUUUAAAUCCAGUGUGUAUCUUCAGUGCAAGUCCUCCUUCUCGGUCUGCAGACACAGAUAUCAAGUCUGGUCCAACCUGCCGAAGUGUAAUAUUAAUGUUCCAUGCUGGUGGUUGGAUUAUACUGGAAGUAAAGGUUUUUUCUAUGUCAUAUUGCUGGGUUUGUUACACCACUGGAUGCAAGAGAAAUAAUGACAGUAUUUUUUUCUAAACUGUAAUCCAGGAUAACAGAGGUAUGAAGCAUGGGUUUAGACAUGGCAUCCCCUUAUGAUGUAAGAGCACGGGACGCACCAUUGAGGCGAUCUCCAUUUUUGAAGUACAUUUUCUACUUUAAUCAGUUGGCAAACUGCCACCUGGAGUGGGUUGUUUGAAUGCCAAGGUUGGCGAUUUACCACCACCUGCAGGUAUGGGGUGUUUGCCCACGAGUAUAAUUCAUUGGUGGUGACCUGGAUGGAAUUAUACGACCCUUCGUUAACUACUUCAAAAUGGUGAAAGUCCUCAAUGGUGCUGCCUGUGCUAAAACAGGCUUUUGGGAACUAGAGUCCUGUGUGGUAUUAAAAGGUAUAUCUUGUGUGGUCAUGUCUACAUCAGUGAGGGACACAGUGGAUCAUUUUGCAGGCUCACCUACUGCUGCCGAAAUCUAAAAGGAGCUCAGCGGUCAUCAUAAACAACCUACAGGUAUAGAGCUCAUCCAGGUUCUGUUUCGGUUCCAGAGAAAUAUUCACACUAGCCUGAGUGCCACUGUUUGUACACAUGCCAAUUCCUUGUCACCCAUUGUCAUGCCAAACAUGUUUGACUUGACAAUGAGGAAUGGAGUUGUCAAGAGCACAAACGGAUCUGGGAUCAGGCUUUUCACACCGGCUCUUCCAACAAAUGUCAUUUUCCCCCCCAGCUGCCACCAUGUGAAAAGCACAUGAUCAUCUACAGUGCCUCUCCGCCUUCUUCAGGACAUCACCGUAACCCUGCUUCAGAUGUUAAUAUAUUGGGCAUGGUUCAAUUUUAAUGGCUUUAAUAAUAAAAUACAUUCAAAUGUGAAAAUACA